AGAUCACGUGUCAGAGGGGUCUCUGCUCCAGUGCGUGCGGGCGACUCGAAGCCUGCAGCCUGUUACCAUGCUGCGCCAGUUCUCAACCUUUGCUCGCUCGAAGCGAUCCUCGCCCGUUGCUCGAGCAAGCUUUGUUCGACCUGUCGCGGCAUCGUUCGCGGCCAGGAGAUGGGCUUCAAGCACUCGCUACACCAUUGAGCACGAAUGGAUCACCUACGAUGACGAGACCUACAUUGGCACCAUCGGAAUCACAGACUACGCAGCCAAAUCUCUAGGGGACGUCGUCUUUGUCGAGCUGCCCAAUCCGUCGGAUGAGAUCGCUACGGGAGAUACCAUAGGAAGCGUAGAGAGCGUCAAGGCAGCGAGCGAUAUCUACGCGCCAGUUUCAGGCACGGUAGAGGAGGUCAAUACCGCACUCGCUGACCAGAGCAGCCUACUCAACAAGUCUCCCGAACAAGAUGGCAGCUCACUAUACGGCGUGACAGGCUGGUUAUGCAAGAUCAAAUUGACUCGACCGACCGAAUUUGAUGGCUUGCUGACUGCGGAAGCCUACAAGGCACACUGUGAAGGAUCAGAGGACUGA